AUGAAGGACCCUAAGUGCAUAAAUGCCGUUAAGGCUGGCUUAACAGUUCAGAACGGCGGCGCGGGGCUGGGGCUGGUGGGCGGUCCUAGCUCAGAGCUGGCAGCGCACCGCGACCUUGGGCGGUGGCAGGCGGAGCUGCGGCGACACCCGGAACCCUGCCAGCCUCCUCCGGGCCGUGCCUUCCCGUCCCGCGGGGAGGGGACCCCGGCGGAGCUGGGGACGAAGCGUGAGAAACUGGGCUGGUGUGGGUGGCUGAGGGCGGACAAUAGGGUUAAAAAUAGAAGCGCUGCCUCCGUGGACCCGCCGCAGCAGCUCCACCCAGGGCCCCGCGGGCCGGAGGGUGACUGGGCGACGGUGACCGCAGCCUCCGGACUCGCCCCGCCCCCAAGUGCGGCCCCGCCCCCGGCUAGUGCCUGCAGGUCAGGGGCGGGGCCUCGUCCCGCGACGUCAUCGCGCCGCGGGCGUGCCGACCGGGUUUUCGCUGACGCACAGGCCCCGCCCCCGCCGCCCUUUCCCUCAGAUCCCGAGCGCCGGUCAGAGCCAGAGCGUCAGUCGUCGGGAUCGCUGAGCGGUGUGCAUCUGGUCAGGCGUCCGCUCGCUGCCCGGAGUCGCGCAGAGUCUCUGGCGAACGCGGAAGCCCGAAGAGCGCAGUCCUCGGGCCCCGUCGGCGCUCAGGCCUCUCCGCGCGCCUCCUCACUCGGCCGGGACGUCGCUGUGGAGGCGUGAGGUGCCGGCGGCCGGGCGCCUGGAGCGGCGCUAGCCCCGCGGCCUGCGGUUCUUCUCCUCCCCCGCCGCCCUCCCACCCGAGCUGCGGCGGGGCUCGGCCGCCUCGGCGCUUCUGCACGAACAAAGGAGGCCUCCGCGGCGCCAGCGCAGCUCCGCCUGCGCUCCGCUCCGCUCCGGCCCGCGGCGGCCGCUAGCCAGCCCUUCCCGGAGGCCUCAGCCCGGCCCACCGCCCGGCGUCGCGCGCCAGCUCGCUAGUGCAUCCGGGCCCCCGCAGG